AUGCGAAUUUCAAGCUCUGUUAUACUCCUUUCUUUUCUUUCCCCCCUCCUCGUCAGUGCGGCUGGCAGUAUUAAAGAGACGAGAACCUUCACUUGUCUCCGAAAGGUGACUGUCAAAACCGCAGCUAUUACGAAGUUUGUGACGACAUUAUCACAAAGUCACAAUGAGAAGCCUUCAUUGUGUUAUCGGGCGAAGUGCUUGAAAUUAAUCACGGGUGGAACGACUAAAAUUUUGAAUGAUGAAAAUAUUAAAAAUUUCAUGCCAGUCGGCACAACAUAUAUGGAAGCUUUAGAAGCGAAAACAGUCAGACCAUUUCCAGGGGCUGAGUUCUAUGUCACUAUAACUUGUGCUGUAGAUUGCCAUCCAUUUCAAGUAAUUCUACGAAAUACUCUAAACAAUUCAGUGAGGUUGUGCACCCCGGAUACAGUAAAACGAAAAACGAAGCGAUCGUCAAAGAAAAAGCGAUCAGUUUGA